CCAAACACCCCCCGCCCCGCCUCCGUGUUCUGACCGCCCACUCUGGGGGUAGAAAGUGCUGCUUUGUGAAUGAAGGGAGCGGCGGAGAAGGGGCCAGAAAGCAAACUUUUGUUUGAAAAAAAAAACAAAAAAAAACAACAACACCUCAUUUUCCCACGUCCGGCGUGGACGGAGAGAGAAGCUCCCACAGCGCACUGGACGACACGUGACCCGCAUGAACCCACGAAGCAGCUGUGAUCCAAUGAUGCUCGUCCUCCUGUGUCUCCUCCUGGCAGUGGCGGUCCAAGGAGAGCCCUGCCUGAUCAUCAGCGAGAUCAACGCGGACAACCCCCGACUGGACACCACCGAGUUUGUGGAGCUCUAUCACACCAGUGGCGAGCGAUCCUCAUUAGAUGGCUACACCCUGGUCUUCUAUAACGGGAACGGGAACGUGGCCUAUAAGGUGUUAGACCUGAAAGAUCAGAGUACAGACGAUCGAGGGUUCUUCCUGGUUGGCUCUGUGGACAUGCUGCCCAAACCUGCCAUCCUGCUGCCUCCAAACACGGUCCAGAAUGGCCCGGAUGCCAUCGUCCUCUACCACACCUCCGCCGCACGCUACGGCGAGAAGAUGAACGUCACGUCUAUCGGUUUGGUGGACGCUGUCGUUUACAUGACGCGCAAAACCGGCGGCGCUGAGGUACUGGCGGCGAUCCUGACCCCAGGGGAGUCGGCUUUUGUGGAGGAUGAAUCCGCCCUGGAAGGGGACGAGUCCAUCGAGAGGUGCCUGAUGUCUGAGGAUCGUUGGGGCUUCCGGGUGUCCUCGCCCUCCCCGGGACAGCGGAAUAACUGCACGCCGCCCGCCGCCUCGCCAAGCAUGCCCAUCAUCACAGAGCUGAAGCUGGGUGGAGGUCAGGUGGACGGCUUUGUGGAGCUCACAGAAGCCUCAGGGGCAGGUCCCCUGGUUCUGGUGGUUUUGGACGGAAGAACGGACAAGGUGAGCGUCAGUUUGAAUGUGGACCUCACCAGGAACGGACUCAUCUCCAUGACUGUGGACAAGAAGUACAUGAAAGGUGAUGAGUCCGGAGCAGUGGCCAUAUACAGUGGCAGGAGCACAGAUUUCCCUGUGGGCAGUCCUCUAAGUCAAAUCCAGCCCCUGGACUCCUUUGUGUUUGUCGGCCCUGGAAAUAAACCGAGUGCCAACCUCACAGAGACCCUCAUCCCAGGCAGGGAGCCUUAUCAGCUCAGCAGCAGUUUGAAAGAGGGAGGCUUCUAUCUCAGUCGUUGUGGUGUGGCCACAUGGACCAGAGAUCCCGGUGUCUUCUGGGAGGCCCCGCAAACCCCGGGGCAGCCCAACCAGUGCCCUUGGCCAAAAAUCUGCCCUCACAGCAUGGUUCCAGGAGGAGGCGCAGAUGCAUCCCCACACCUCCCAGCUUGGGGCAACAGUGACUUCCUCAUCAAUGAGCUCAACUCGGACUUGCCCGGCAUCGCUGAGGACGGCGAGUACAUCGAGCUGUGGCACCCCUCAGGGCGCCGCGUCUCCCUUCAGGGCAUCUGGAUACUCCUUUUCAGCGCCCACAACAACAAACCUUACAGGGAGAUUAGCCUCAGUGGACACUUCACCACCGCCAAGGGCUACUUCCUGUUGGGCAGCGACGGACUGGUGCCGGCGCCCUCUCUCCGCCUGCCUUCCAAUACCAUCCAGAACGGGCCGGACGCGGUGGCGCUCUAUCGCAGCCCCUAUGGUGCGCCGUCGGCACAACAUCGAGGGAUCCCCACCAAAGGACUCCUGGAUGCCGUCGUAUACCGACAGAGGGGGUUAGACAAGGAUGCACCGGAGUUGAGUAAGGCGCUGACACCAGGACAGCUCCCCCUGCUGGAGGAUCCACAAGUACUGCCUGGUGAUGAGUCGCUAAGCCGCUGCAGAGGCCUUUACCCCUAUGACCUGUCUGCGUUUUCUGUAACUCCUCCCACUCCUCUGAGGGAAAACAGCUGUCCCCGGCCUCCUCCACCUCCAGAGGGCGUGGUCAUCAGCGAGGUGGCUAGUGGCCUCUGGACCAAUCACAGCCAGCAGAGGGCCUUCGUGGAGCUGCAGGGGCCCCCGAUGACGGAGCUGCGUGGCCUGGUGCUGGUUGUGUUUGACCAGGUGCACAGCGUCAUCGCUCUUCCUCUGAAAGGAUCUAUCGACCAGGAUGGAUUUUACGUAUUGGGGAACGUCACAGGGGCAGAUCAGACCUUCCCAGAAGGCAGCGCGGUGCCGGCAAGAGGCGCAGUGGUUCUGUGCUACGACCUCUUCAGUGUGUGCAGAGCUGGCACCGCUCUGACCAACUCCAGCCUGCGUGACGAGCUGGUGUUCAGUGAGAACCAGUUGCUACUCCCCCGCUCCACCAGGAGAGGGAGCCAUGUGAUACCAGCUCUCAGGUCGGUGGAAGACGGUCUGGUGUCGCUCAGCCGUUGUGUGUGCUGUGAGCCGCGGAGCCCCUCUUCCUGGACCACGUCUUCGCCGACUCCUCGCCGCGGCAACAUCUGCCCAAGCUCCGCCUUCUCGAGUCAGAUCGACAUUUGUCUCGGACCGCUCUUCAGCGACUGGCUGGCGGCGGAGUCGGGAGACUGCAGUGGUCUCAUUCAAGGCAGUAGAGUUUCACAGGUGGCGGACUAUCUGGAGCAGAAGUGUCUCUGUGGAAUCUCUGCUUUAUCUCUCCAAGGAGCAAAUUUCUCCUGCGUGUCUGGCUGGUUGCGCGUGUGGGGGAAGAUCUGGGCCUUGUCGGACCAUCAGAGGGCCCUCAUCAUCCAGACGGCCCCCAUUAACGUCUCACACGUACAGGCGGAUGUUUGCGCCGCCCCCACCACAGAUCGCCACACCAGCACAGGUUCGACACUGGGCUUACAGAUUGGUCUUAUAGUAGCAAUACUUCUGCUGCUAGCACUUGGAGCUGCUCUAUUCACGUAUUUCUACAGAAGGAGGCGUCCUUUGGAUUAUUCCACCAUGGAGCUGAGCGAGAAUGCAGAGGGACUAUCAGAUCUAUAAUCCAGGAAGUAGAAGUGAUUAGGAGGAGGUCAUGUCUGGUGUGUGUGUGUGUGUGUGUGUGUGUGUGUGUGUGUGUGUGUGUGUGUGUGUGUGUGUGUGUGUGUGUGUGUGUGUGUGUGUGUGUGUGUGUGUGUGUGUGUGUGUGUGUGUGUGUGUGUGUGUGUGUGUGUGUGUGUGUGUGUGUGUGUGUGUGUGUGUGUGUGUGUGUGUGUGUGUGUGUGUGUGUGUGUGUGUGUGUGUGUGUGUGUGUGUGUGUGUGUGUGAGAUGCUGAAAAUGAUGACAGAGCAUUUUUUUCUAAAGGUCAGUGUGUGCUACUGCUGUGUGAACAGGACUUUGAAGCGUGGUCUUUUGGCACAAAGGUGCAGGGAAUGUUGAUACUUGAGAGGGAAAAAAAGCUCCUUUUUCUUAAUGUGGGAGAAAAACGAGCCGAUAGCAGGAAGUUUAAUGUCCUUUCUUUCCUGGUGUUGGCGUAAAGAUGAACUGUAACCACUGACGUGAAGCAAACUGUUUACAUUUUACUGAAGUAGAAAAGGGAUGUGAUGUGGAAUAUAAUUUUAAUUCAUUAUUUGUGGGCUUUGUUUUAUGUUGCUUGAGCUUUCUGGCGAAAUCCGAGAUGAAAAAUAGUCCGCUGUGCCUUUUAUGAAUACAGCUGGGCCCUCACUUGCAAAGGGACCAAGCGCUGCAAGGCAGUCCUACAAAGGAGUAUUAGUGCCACUCUGACUUGAACAAUUAUUAUUUGCAUUCAUAAUAAUAUGAGAGUAAAAGUCAUCAGAUCCUGAGAAGAUUUACAGAAUUAAAAGUAGCAGUCAAAAGUUUUGAAACACACACUAAUGCUUGUGAAUGAGAAAGUGUCUUAAAAUAUUUGAUCGGCUUUGUAUUUUUAUUUAAAAAAGUUAUAUCAUCAAAAGAAACACUAUCAAAAUGUACAUUUCUAAUUCAAAAUAUAUAUUCAUAAAUAUGAUACAUUACAGUAGGAAGGGGAUUUAUAUGGCCACAUUUGUCACAGUUUACCUGACACAUGAAACGUGACCAAUUUGGGGCGUGCACUAUCCACUUUAGCCGCCAGAUGGCACUAGAGUGUUAAAUAUCCUAAAAUGUCUUUUAAGAUCAUUUUGACCACACCGUUAGUUGCUAUGUAGAGUGGCCUUUUCUAUCAUUUUCAGCAGACUGGAUUGCAAUAAUUAACCCCCGACCCUCUUCUUCUCAUGCGAGAUCCACCCAGGAAUGGGGCCAUAUGAAUCCCAUCCGUAUCUUAUUCCAUUGUUAUUAUGAAGCAGUUUAUGUUAUUAAACAUCAUUACAUUUCUUCAUUAUGAUUUAUAUCGCUUAAUAUUGUGACUAUGUUGUUCAAUUAUAAUUAUUUUCCUAAUGCAUUUCUGUUUCCUUGUAAUUUAACAAUGUUAUUUUUGUAAAAUUACAAUGUAGUGGCGUGCAUUUACCCUCAUAAUAUUAUGAUGUUUGAGCUUGAAAUUACAAGACUCGCCUCAUUAAAAUUAUAAUUAUUUUGCCAAACUGUUUUCCUCAUAAAUUAUUAUACAGCAUAUAUACUGGUAAUUAUGUUCUUCUUAUUAUAUUUUUUAUUAUGAUUUUUUACAUUAUUAAAUUUUUAAAUGUACUAAUUGGUAUUGUUACCCCUUAAUAUCGUGACUUUGUUGUAAUGCAGUAAUAUUUUGUUAUACAACAUUGGCCUUGUUUUAAUUAUGAUUGUUUUCCUCAUGCAUUUCUCAUUUUACGACUUUUUUCUUGUAAUAUGUUUUAUGUGUAAAAUUAAAAAAUUCUGAUUAUUACAGCAUUACUAAUUUGCUCUUGUAAUAUUAUGAGGGUUUUAUUUCAGCAAUAUUCUGAUGUUAUUUCUGCUAAACUACAACAUUGACCUCAUAGAAAUGUUUCAUAAUUUAACUAGAAUAUUAAAGAAAAAAAAAAUAAUAUUGUCAAAUUAUUAUUUUUCUGGUAAUAUGUAUUCUUGCAAUAUUAUGAUUGACCUAACAUUAGCUACGCAAAAUUGUGAGUAUUUCUCAAAAAUGUUAUAACAGGACUUUUUUCUCAGGAUAUUUUGACUUUACUCUUGUAAUAUUGUUGUUUUUCUAAGAAACUAAACAAAUAAGAAUGGUAUAUUGCGACCUUAUUUUUUAUAUUUAUUUUAUAUUCAUUUCAGUGUGGCUCUAGUCCUUCUUUUUAGUGCCAGCACAAAGUGCCAGGAACUGAUUUUAAAAGUAUUUUUGUUGUAUUUUACAAUGGGCUGUAUUUUUUUCCCACAUUUUUAAAAUAAUUGAUAUUAUUAUUGAUCAUAAUGAUAAACCCUAUUGACCUGACCUGGCCACAUGGUAGCCAGCAUUGCUUGAUGUAUAAUGACCGUUUUACUGUAAAGUUUUAUACUGUAUCUUUUAUGUUUUAAUUUUGUAAAAUAGUACAUUUUUAAAUGUUUUGUGAAAUUAGGAAAUUGUUGUACAGUCUAAAUAAUUCAUCAACCAUUUUAGAUUUUGGACAAAAACUUAAUUGAGUCCAAUUUUUUCACAGAAAAAAAAACAUCAGUAUUAAAAGAUUACUUUUGUGUAUAAAGUAGUCUUGCACUUACACGUAAAACUGGAAAGGGGAGUUCUUGCUUCUUUCUUCUGUCCAUUCUAGUCAGGUUUGAAAUAAAAAGCUCCCUCACACUUACAGUAUUUCUUAUCCUUCAUAAUUUUUGCUUAAUGUCUGUAUUUUGUCGAAUCCUUUAUUUUCAUUUCCCCCUCCAUUACACCUUGCACUUUGUGCUCCCCUUUAGAGGUCUAAAUAUAGCUUCAAGCUGUGCAGCACAAAACAAGCUUUCCAGUGGGGAUUUACGGGCAUCACCAUGGCAACAUCAUACCAUAAUUGUCACAUUAUAUCCACACUGUGACAUUUCAGGUCCUGAGCACGAUUAUUGCGAUGCCCCUAGUGGUCACACAAUUGCACAACAUUGCACUGUACAGUAUAUGAAAUGACCUCUUGCAGUAUGCCCUCCAAUUGCGUUUUAUUAUUUUUUUUUUAAUAAUCACAUUAUAUUUUACGGUGUUCCUAUUGGCGUAUGGUGUUAACGACACAUUAGUGGGGUAGCAAAAAAUAUGUAUUGAGAAACUUACUAUUAUUAUUUUUUUUAAGAAUCUCUCUCCAAAAAACAAAAUAUUAUUACAUUUAGAUUAUGUCUAAUGUUAUCCAUAAUGUUUUUGGGAUCAUCAAAUGUGAGACGGUGCUUUUAAAAAAAACAAAUCAUGUGAAAUCUUUUUUUUUUUCUUUCUUUCUUUUUUGUUGGAUUUCAGGCUUUGUAGAUUUUUUUUCCACUUUUGAAUCGAGUGUCAGAUUGUACAUUUCAAAAGAAAACAUUUUUUUUUUCAAACUGAACAUAGUUAAAUUUA